AUGUCUAAUGGGGUUGAGGUUUUAGUUAGAGAUAAAAGUUCAGAUGGGAAACAAGAACAGCGAAAAAUUAAACUCAUGCAAUUAAGUUCAUCGAAAACACCAAAACAUCACACGAAAUACAUGGAAGUAAAAACUAUUCAACCUGCAGCAACCAAUAAUAUGUAUAUCAGCAAUAUCCCAAAAAUAGAAAAAAGGAUUGAUAGCCAAGAAGAAAAUGAUUUUGACCUCAUACAGCCAUCUGAAAUAGGUCAUAUACCCUGUACUAGUUCUUGUAGUUGUAGUCAUACGAAAACGGAAUCUUUAAAAACAAAAUAUACAAAUGCAAAACAACCUUCCGCUUUAGCGACAGAUAAAUACCUAAUAAAGAAUACUAAAUUCAGCGGUACGAAAAUUGAUGUUCGACCGACUCACAAUGAGGCUAUUGAUCAGACAUUAUACCGUCCAUAUGAAUACGAGACUAGCUCUCAAGCAGCACCUACAGAUAAAAUUGUAGAGAAGUAUACCCAAGUUAAUGAUUAUUCUGAUGAAAAAGAUACAAAUUCAGUAGAAACAAGUGAUCUGUUAACCAAUGAACAAGCACCGCCAUCAAAACAUAACAAUAUAUCGGCAAGUAACACAUCGGUAAGACCUAAGCCAGAAAAAACUCAAAAAGUGAAUAAAAAUAAAUUUGUAAUGGCUGAACUAAUUAAAUUAGGAUCGUUAGGUAUUAAAGGCUUAUCUCAAUUAGCUCCCGUAAUUGAGAAAAUGACAGGUGGUUUCAUGAAGCGACAAGAAACAAAUAAGACAGCAAUUACAACCACAACUGUCAAACCAGUUAGCAAACUUACAGCUUACAAUGCAAAUAAAAGAGUAGAUAAUGAUUUGGAAACUAAAGUAGGUAAUUUUCCAAUAUAUAUUCCUGUCGAUGAAAUGGAAACGUCUGAAUCUCAAAUAUCUUUUAAAAAUGUUACCUUACAUCAAAAUUUUGCAUGGGCAACUGAAAAUAAACAUUCUAAAGCAAAUCUCGUUAAACCUAAAAUAAUAUACGAAAGUCCACUUUUGAAUGGUGGUAUACCUAUAAGUCCUGGAGAAAUUAUAACAGCAAAUUCAGACGUAAUUGUUGGCAAACCUGCGGUAGGAGGACCAUUAACUUUAGUCGCUAGUGGAAUUAAACUACAGCAUCCUGUCCAUCCUCCGCUAAUAGAUAAUGUUGUUGCAAAUAAUGAACAAUAUCUAGUAAAAGAAAAACCAAUGAAUGAUCAAACUAUAUUAAAUAUGAAAGUAGAUGAUUCUUUCGAUCUAAGGCCACCAGAACUACCCAAGUUAAAAUCAAAACCAAAUAAUAAUAUUCGUCCUCACGGAGGUAAUUUUAAUCAGCAAAGUUCCCAACAGUGGUCAUCAACUACUUCACAUAAAAUAAAUGAACCAAAUAAACCACCAGGCAUAUUUAAAAAUAAAGAUACAAUGGUAAUUAACCAUGGUAGACCAGCAUUUUUAGAUUUUAUACCUUCUUUAAAUAAACAUUCAAAUACCAUUCCUAAAGAACAUCAAGUUAAUUAUAGACCUGCAAUUGAAGGAAUCAAGGAGCAAGAUAUUCCAGAUAACAAUCCAAGUUCAUCUGAAGUAAUAAGUACUAAAAUAACAACAGAUGGAAGGUACGCUGACGUAGAGAUUGCGGAUUCUGAAAACAAACCAUUUUUGGUUGAUAUACAACCUUCAAGAGUAGCUAAUGUAUUGAUUCCUCAUGGUAGUUCAACAGCUUUAGUCUUUGCUGGAUCAACAGAACCUCAUAAAACUGGAGAUUAUAUCGAUGAUCCUCUACCCUAUCCAGAACCUGGAUACUUUGGGAGCUUUAGCAUUGACGCACCACAUAUGACUAAUGUCCAUAAUGUUGUCCCAAAUAAAAACCAAUUCUUUGUAAAACCAACAACGAAGUCUACAUAUGAUUCAUACGCAAAAGAUGUUCCAGCAUCGUAUAAAGGAACUGGACUUAAUAUCGAUCAGAAAGUAAAAUGGAAUGAAAAUAAACGCCCAAAAGAUUUAAUAAAUAUUCCUCCACCUACAAGUAAUCAAGAGACUCACAUCCAAAUAGGACCACAAAUAACAGCCUAUAAUCCAGAAAUAUAUAAGGUUGAAUAUGACAAAAAUACUAAGCCCAAGGAAGAAAAGGAUGUGAUUGAUAAGGAAUAUGAAAAUUAUCUUGCAGUUCCACCUCCACCACCUAAGAGACAUUAUAAUCAAGAAAUAAGAUAUGAUAAAAAAAGAUAUCAGCAACGACCAACAGUUCAUACAAAGCCCAUACAUGAUAGCAACGUGUUUUUAAAUAUUCAACAUCCAGUAUCAAAUCAACUUCCUCCGAAAGUGACAUCGGAAAUUUAUUUUGCUUCACAGUUACCAAAUAGUCAAGCCACACCAACUUAUACAUUUAAAAUGCCGCAAAUACCAACCACCGUAACUACUACGCAAUUUAAAUCACAGAAAAUAUCCAAUGAACAGAAACCUAAAACAAGCAAUAUAAUAACUUCUUCUAACGCAGCAAAUAAAUCUAUUAUCACUGACAGCAACCAGGAAAACAUAUACACUAUAACAUUAAAUACUGCGGCUAAUGUAGCAAGUGAAAGUAAUUCGGGACAUAUCAUAGGUUCAAGUAUUACCGUACCAAUCACCACUACGUCACUCAAUGGUCAAAUGAAUGCAAAUAUACCCAUAGGAACAAAUUUUGCCAUAAGAGUAGAAGAUGACCCUUCAAAGUACGAAAGUGUUGCAUUACAUGGCAAAAGACAUCCAUCGCUUAUAUUUGAUGAUCAUGAACGAGUGUCUGGUAAUAAUUUUAAGGGAUAUAAAGAAAACAAUUCUGAUUAUAAAUCUAACCAGACUCAAUCUAUAUUACCUGUAAGACAAAAACCAGCUAAUAUUAAUUCAAACAUCAGAGAAAAGCCGAUACACAAGGAUUAUAGUAAUCUAUUACCGCCAUCUGUAAAUAGUCAUGCUAAUUUUCCUAUGAUAAAUGAAGAUACAAAUGGGUACGAAAAUUUAAAUUUGAACUAUGCGGAUAAUAAACAUUUAAACGUUGAAGAUAAACCUAUAUCAUUUGUCCCGGAAAUUUCAACCAAUUCUCACGGGUGGUAUGCUAGCGUUCUUAGAGACGAUAAUUUGAAAAACAUUAAAGUUGAAGCGUCUACUCGAAAAAUAAUACCAUUGAAUUUCGACAAUAAGUCGGAUAGUUUGCCGGAAUUCGGUGAAAAGAUUGCAACUGUUGGAAAGCCACCGACAGAAUUUUGGGAUCACAAAAAUAAGCAAACAGUUAAUAAUUUCAGUAUAGGUAGACCAUUUUCCAAGACAAAUGAAGAACAAAAAUCUAAUGUACUGCCUUUUACUAUAAGGCCUAACUAUAUCCCAUCAACUUUCGGCAACAAGCAACCAGUGUAUGAUAUACCAUUAAGAGAUAAUAGCGACGAAGUUACUACAACAAAGUUAGCUUAUUCGAAACCAACGAAAACUAUUUACGAGACCGCUGAAGAAAUAUAUGACGGUGAAGAAGAAUCUGAAAAUAAUAGUGAAAUUGACGGUGAAGUUAGUUCAGAAUCUAUGAAAAUACCUAUUAUAACUACAUCUGUAGCUAAGAGUAACUUUACAAAAACUACUUCUCCCUUAGAAAAUGCAGUUAAUCAAAAUGUAAAACAACAUAGCGAGGACGUUAAGCUAGUUAACUUUAAUCCUGGAACACAAACAGAAAAACCAUUCACUUCAUUUAAUAAAACGUCGUUUCAGUCAAAUAAUAUUAAGCCAAUUUAUGACCAUAAUACUUAUAUGAAACCUAGACCAUUUACUAUUAAUACAGCAAUACCCUUAGACCAUCAAUUACAACAACCACAUUGGCAAAUCAAUCAGUUGAUGGAAAACAGUACAAAUGCAUCAUAUGAAGACAAUAUGGAACUAAAUAUUGGCGAAGAAAAGUAUACUUCUAUGACUAAUAGACCAUUUUUCACGAAAAAACCCGCUGGUUUUAAGGAAUCAGAAAAUAAAUAUAAAAACCAACAGCAGAUGAAUACGGUUUCAUUAAACAAUACACGUUUACUGAAUGAAUCUAAUAUUAUAACGUCAACGAUUCAAAUCCAAGACAAAAAACGUUUAAUUGUGGAGCUAGACGAAAAACCCACACUUCCAACAUUUACAAUAAAAUCUGAAUCUGAUAGGAUAAAUAGUUCCUCAAGUGAAAUAAUUGAUUUAUCGCCACCACCACCGACUGUGAAUUACAACUUCAAGCCAUCAAUUAAUGAUGAAAUUAUGGGUAUGAGUCCACCUCCUCCUAGAAACCCACUACAAAGAAUUCCACCAAGAGCACCCCAAACUCCGAGACCGAUUUUACCUAUGCGAACACCAGCUCCGUAUAGGACUGUACCACCAAAAACGUUACCUCCUAGGCAGUCGACACAACGACCUUUGAGGAAACCAAUAAAAGAUGAAGUUUCAACGUACAGGCCAACUUAUGACAUUUUAAAUAAAGUUAAAAGGCCCUCUUUCAAUAUUGAUCAACCGUCUUCACAUUUACUUCCUCCUCCGAGAGAAUUACCUUCUAAGACAACUUCAAUACAAGAAGAUCCUAAACCGACUGUUUCUUCUGUAACAAACGUUAUUUUCCCAACUGCGGCUUCCUCAAGUUGGUUGACCUCAUCCAAUUUUGACUUUUCAUCAAGCUUUAACUUUGGACCUUCAUCUGUAUAUUUUCCAGACAAUAUGCCAUCUACAAAAAUAGCCGAAAACUCUAACAAAAUAUUAUUAGAAUCUUCUUCGGAGAAUGUAUUUAUUUCAAAUGAAUACGAAACAUCAAGCGAGGCAAUAGAUACAAGAACAACUUGA